AUGGGCCUAAGUUGCGAUGUGCCUGAUAUAUCGACAUUUUACUAUAAUUUUCCAAUAGCACUCUACUUUUGCGCAAAUCUUGAAUGGAUUGAAGGUGUUGCAAUUCUUGUUGCUGUUCUUGUCGUUGUAUUUGUUACUGCAUUUAAUGACUGGAGAAAAGAGCGACAAUUUCGUGGUUUACAAAGUAAAAUUGAAAAAGAUCAACGAGCAUCUGUUGUACGGAAUAAUCAUAUACAACAAAUUCCUGUUACAGAACUUGUUGUUGGUGACCUUUGUUUUAUUAAAUAUGGUGAUCUUAUACCAGCUGAUGGAAUUAUAGUUCAAUCAAGUGAUCUUAAAAUCGAUGAAUCUUCUUUAACAGGUGAAAAAGCAACAUUGUUUUUUCUUCUAAAAAUUAUGAGAAAUGAAAAAUAUUCUUUUGUUUUUUCGUUUAAUUCAGGAGAAACUGAUUCAGUAAAAAAAGGUGAAGCUGAAGAUGUCAGAUUAUUAUCAGGUACACAUGUCAUGGAAGGUAGUGGCCGAAUGGUAGUUCUUCGUGUUGGACUUAAUUCUCAAUUUAGAAACAUAAUGAGUUUACUUAGUGCAACAGCAGGUAGAAGUGAAUCAGAAGAUAAAAACAGGGAUAGAAAAUUUAAAAUAGCAACACCAUUAACAAAAGCUUCAUCUAAUUUAUCAAAACAAAGUGUACAUCUUGAAGACGAAACAAAGCAACGAACACCAGCAAUAUUUAAAAAACUCUCACACGAAGAUAAAUUAAGAUUAGUAAAAACAUCCAAAGAUAAAAAUCAUAAUAAAACAAAUGAAACUAGUUGGGAUAAUAAAAAGAAAUCUCAAAACAAGACAAAAAAUGCUGCGGCUGAAUUAACUGAACAUACAGAAGAUGAUGAUAUUGAUGUAGGUGAUGCUAAACAUAAAUCGGUUCUUCAAUCGAAGUUAACUACUUUAACUUUGUAUAUUGGUUAUAUUGGUGUGUCCGCUGCUUUUUUAACAUUAAUUAAUUUAACCAUUCGUUAUUGUAUUACAACUUAUGUUAUUAAAAAACAAAAACCCUCAGGAAUUGAUAUUGCUUAUUUUAUUUCAUUUCUUAUCCAAGCUAUUACAGUCAUUGUUGUUGCAGUACCAGAAGGUCUUCCAUUGGCUGUAACACUUGCUCUUGCUUAUGCUGUUCGAAAAAUGAUGACAGAUAAUAAUCUUGUUCGACAUUUGGAUGCUUGUGAAACAAUGGGAAAUGCAUCAACAAUAUGUUCAGACAAAACAGGAACAUUAACAACAAAUCGUAUGACUGUUGUACAGUCCUAUAUCACUGGAAAACAUAGUGAACAAUUACCAAACGCAGAAGAAGUAAAUCAAGAAGUAUUACCAUUACUUUUUGAAGCUAUAUCUGUUAAUACAAAUUAUACAUCCAAAAUUGAGGAAUCAAAGCAAGAUGAUGGUGGUUUACCAAAACAAAUUGGUAAUAAAACUGACUGUGCUUUGUUGGGUUUGGUACAAAAUUGGGGUGGAUCAUAUGAUAGAAUUCGUCAAGAUAUUCCCGAAGAAAAAUUAGUUAAAGUAUAUAUAUUUAAUUCUGCACGUAAAAUGAUGAGUACAAUUAUUCAACGUAAUGAUGGUUAUCGAGUUUAUACCAAAGGUGCAUCAGAAAUGCUUUUAACGAAAUGUAAAUCAAUUAUUGGUGAAAAUAAUCAAUUAAAAGAAUUAAAUGAUAAUGAAGAAUGUCGUUUAGCACAUGAUGCUAUUAAAAAUAUGGCUAAUAAUGGUUUAAGAACAAUUUGUAUUGCUUAUAAAGAUCUUGGAAAAGAAAAACAAGAUUGGAAUAAUGAAGAUAAAAUUAUUAAUGAUUUAAUUUGUAUUGCAAUUGUUGGAAUUGAAGAUCCUGUUCGAAACGAAGUACCGGAAGCUAUUAAAAAAUGUCAACGAGCAGGUGUCGUUGUUCGAAUGGUAACAGGCGAUAAUAUAAUAACAGCUCGUUCUAUAGCAACAAAAUGUGGUAUAAUCAAAUCUGAUGAAGACUUUCUUAUACUUGAAGGAGAAGAAUUUAGUAAAUAUAUUCGAGAUGCAUCUGGAAAAAUUUCACAAAAAAAGCUCGAUGAUAUUUGGCCAAAAUUACGUGUUUUAGCACGUGCAUCACCUCAAGAUAAAUAUAAUUUAGUUAAUGGUAUUAUUGAAAGUCGUGUAACAGCACAUCGUGAAAUUGUUGCUGUUACUGGUGAUGGUACAAAUGAUGGACCAGCACUUAAACGUGCUGAUGUUGGAUUUUCUAUGGGUAUUCAAGGAACAGAUGUUGCAAAACAAGCAUCCGAUAUAAUUUUAACAGAUGAUAAUUUUUCAUCGAUUGUUAAAGCUAUAAUAUGGGGAAGAAAUGUUUAUGAUUGUACUGCAAAAUUUCUUCAAUUUCAAUUAACAGCUAAUUUAUCAACUGGUUUAAUUUCAGUUGUAUCAGCUGCAGCUAUUAGUAGUGUUCCAUUACGAGCUGUACAAAUGCUUUGGGUCAAUCUAGUCAUGGAUGCAUUAGCUUCACUUGCUCUUGCAACCGAAUCACCAACAGAAGAAUUAUUAAAUCGAAAACCAUAUGGACGAACAAAAUCAAUAAUAUCACCAUUAAUGUUACGAAAUAUUCUUGGACAAUCAUUUUAUCAACUUGUUAUUAUGUUUGUUAUACUUUAUGCUGGACAACAUUUCUUAGAUGUUGAAUCAACAGUUCAAAAAAUUCAAAAUGAUCCACAUGCAGCUAGAGAAUUAAGUAAACAAUUUACAUUAGUAUUUAAUUCAUUUGUAUUAAUGACAUUAUUUAAUGAAAUUAAUUCAAGAAAAUUACAUGGAGAAAGAAAUGUAUUUAAAGGAAUAUUUCGAAAUCCAUUUUUUUAUUGUAUUUGGAUUUUUUGUUUUGUUGCACAAAUUUUAAUUGUUACAUUUGGUGGUCAAAUAUUUAGUUGUGCACGAUUGAGUAUUAUACAAUGGGCAUGGAGUUUACUCUUUGGUGUUGGAUCACUUAUAUGGCAACAAAUUAUAUUAUGUAUUCCAACGAAACCAUUUGCUCUGUGUUUUUCGGCCAUGAAUCGCAUUUGUUGUCCAUGCUUUUAUAAAAGACAACAACGAAAACAUGCUGAGAAAGAAGCUCUUCGAAAAUCAGCUGCACCGGAUCAAACACAACGAAUAUCAAAAUUGAAUGAUGGUGACUAUAUGCCAUUUAGUACAAGUGGUCAAUUGACAAGUGCAACUGUUUUUGCUGAACCACCACUUACCAUUGCUAACUUUAUGCCACGAAAAGAUGCUGAUCAACUUAAUACAGAGUUUCGUACGAUUAAUGAAUUGUGUACACGAUUUGAAUAA